UCCUCUCCGGCCUCCGCGAGCGAGUUCCCUCCGAUUCUGUCGCGAACUCCCUUCUUGUUCUCUCUGCUACCGCCCUCUUCCUCCUUCACCUCGUUGUCUUCUUCUUCUUCUUCUUCUUCUUCUUCUUCUUCUUCUUCUUCUUUACUACCACCGCCUCCUCCUACAGCGGCGACGGCGGUUUUCAACGCGACGUUCUCUCGCAGCCGCAAAGUCGAUGCGCGACGAAAGCAGCACGGUCACACGAAUACACGACGGGCCAACGAUCCAUAGCCAGAGUCUUACCUUACAGUCUUAUCGAACGCAAUCUACGGACAACGAGAAAUGGCACAUGAUUUAUAUACACACAUACACACACACAUAUAUAUAUAUAUAAGUAUGCGUUGUCUAUUUAUUUUUCACGUCCAAGUAUCGCUGUACACGCGAGCGUUUUUUCUAUUUAUCAUCUCUCUCUCUCGAUCCGUCAAUCGAGCACAGCGCACUGGUGUCGCGGACAGUGCAUGUUAUCAGCGUCCGCGUCCUCGUCGACGACGUUCCCCGCCGAGCGCGCCAACGCGAGCUUCCUCCUUCUAGCUCCUCCUCGUUCUUCUCUUCCUCCUCCUCCUCCUCUUCGUCGUCGUCGCUGUCGCUACUGGCGUCGCCGACGAUCGCUAUCGGGACGCCGCGCCACCGCGCGCGCCAACAACAACGAGGAUGUCGCCGAUGAUACGUCCGGCGAAAAUAUUAUCGCAUCACUGGAGCACGACCACCAGCAUGGCUGGCAUCGUCAGACGAGCGAUUUACUCGUCGGCACGUCGCGACGCAAUGGCGUAUCGAUUCUACUGACGGCGGCGACGGCGACGGCGACGGCGACGGCGGCGGCGGUGGUGAUGGUGGUGGUGGCGACGGCGGUGGCGGUGGCGGCGACGGUGGCGGAGCACGCACCGUAUGAUCGUGAACAAGACAACGACGGAUAGCGGUCACUCGCGGCGACCGGAGCACGCAUAUUUCUUACCGCGCCGCGAGAGAGGCUGACUGCAAUCCCGAACGACGUGGAAACACCGAUGGACCAUCCGUUGAUGCGAGAGCGCACGCAUCAAGAGCUGCGACGCGAAUAUUUUUCUGUCGUUCCCUCUCACUCCCACCACACUCUCUGUUUCUCUCGUUCUAUGCACAGACGCUAACGAGACAACGGCAGACUCAGCGAUAUAUACGUAUGUUUUUUUUUUUCACGCACGCACCUCCUCGCCCGCCGCGCUUUCGUGGACGACGACCGUGUAGAUGCCGUCCUGUCCUCCGUCAUCUCUUUUCCGUUUCUCUCUCUCUCUCGCUCCCACUCCCGCUCCGCGAAGUCUUUUUUGCUCUCACGCGCGAGCGGAGGGGCCCUUCUCCUUCUCGCUUUUUUGCUCUUCCUCCUUCUCUCUCUAUCUGUCUGUCUGUCUGUCUGUCUGUUUCUCCCUGGCGAUGUCCGCGCCUGUAGUCUGUACACAUGCGCGCGCGACCGCGUAAACACGAGGCGAGAGUCGGAGACGGCGGAGCCCUUGAGAGAGCGAGACUGUCUCCUCUCAUGCACACACAUUGCA